CUAAACCUGAGGGAGGCGGGCUGAGGGGGACGGUGAAUGAUAAGACCAGAAGGGGAUACGCUUCGUUACAGUGGUAAUCUUAUUUAUCAUAACCAGCCAUAUAUUCUUACGCGUAAAUGUUCGUAGUUUGAUUGAAGCGUUGUACCAGGUGAGUUCUAGCAAGGAUGACGAUGCCGCACGUAGGGGCAAUUUUUGGAGCAAUAGCUGGAGUGAUGGCCAUCAUGCUGCACUCCUCUAUUCACAAGAUAGAAGAAGGACACCUCGCUGUGUACUACAGGGGUGGAGCAUUGCUGACUACUCCCAACGGUCCUGGAUAUCACAUUAUGAUGCCUUUCAUUACCACCUUCAGAUCAGUGCAGACUACUCUUCAAACUGACGAGAUCAAGAAUGUGCCUUGUGGAACAAGCGGUGGUGUUAUGAUCUAUUUCGACAGAAUAGAAGUGGUUAACAUGCUCGUCCCUUCAGCAGUGGUGGAAAUUGUGAGGAACUAUACAGCGGAUUAUGACAAAACACUAAUUUUCAACAAAAUUCACCAUGAACUCAACCAGUUCUGCAGUGUGCACACAUUACAGGAAGUCUACAUCGAGUUGUUUGACAUAAUAGAUGAGAACCUGAAGACUGCUUUACAGAAAGAUCUUACUGUCAUGGCGCCUGGACUCACAAUUCAGGCAGUUCGUGUUACCAAGCCAAAGAUCCCUGAAUCUAUCAGGAGGAACUUCGAGCUCAUGGAGGCGGAGAAGACCCGUCUGAUGAUAACAGCACAGACUCAGAGGGUGGUGGAAAAAGAGGCAGAGACUGAGAGGAAGAGGGCCAUUAUUGAGGCUCAGAAAGUGGCUCUGGUAGCAGAGAUCCAGUUCCAGCAGAAGGUGAUGGAGAAAGAGACGGAGAAGAAGAUCUCCGAAAUCGAGGAUUCUGCCUUCUUGGCCAGGGAGAGGGCUAGAGCUGAUGCAGAAUAUUAUACUGCUGCCAAGUUUGCUGAAUCAAACAGGGUGAAGUUAACCCCGGAGUACCUGGAGCUGAUGAAGUACCAAGCCAUAGCAACUAACAGUAAGAUCUACUUCGGCCAGGACAUCCCGAACAUGUUUGUAGAGGGAACCAACAACCCCCAUAAGUCAGAGGCCCCCCCCCACGACGCUCAGACAGAGCACUGAACUGCAGAUGACGGGAGGGAUAGCUUUGCAGCUGGUUUGGUGAAUAAUAAGGCACUAAAUGGCAAAGAAAGAGUGGGAAAGAUUGAGGACAAGCAGAAGUGAGAGCAACGAAAAGCGAGAUAAAAGGGAACGUUUUUUUUUUUUAACCUUCUAAUCUUUUAGGAGGACAAGUUUUAGAAAGGAGAAUGAUGCCAUAGUGAAAAAUUAACAGCAUUUUAAUGCUUAUGCCUGAGAAAGCGACAACAAGAAGUCGCCCUGAUUUACAUGUGCUUGCAAUCAGUGCAGUGAUUCACUCUGCUGUGAGAUCUGCAUCCUUUCCGUGUGUUGUAUGCAAGAGGAGAGAUUAAUGAUUUUUUUAGAAUGCAUUUCUGGUUGAGCUGAACUGGAAUCUAACAGGUGACACUAAUUAAUAAAAGCUGUAUGGUUUGUCUAAUUGUGGUGUGGGGAGGUAAUCUUCUCGUGGGCUCUUCUCUCUCAACAUGAGUCAGUGGGAGGACUGUUGAAUCCCACUUCAUAUCAAACCGGUCCAGCUGGCUGAAAUCCUACAGACAUUAAAACUGAGAUUUUUUCCAAACAAUAGCAUUCUAGAAAAAGUGACCUCACUUUGUUUUACUUUCCCCUGAUUUUUGCAUAGAUCUCUACAGAUACUCAAGUCUUUAAAGGUGGAGGUGUGUUGUGUGUUCAGAGUUUAUAUAGUUAGUAAGCAGUGGUGUCAGAUUAGUAGUAAAGCAGUUUAUUUUCCGGUAGCUUGGUUAGUCUUUUGCUGUUCUUAAAUAUGUUUUAGUGCAGCUUCCUCAGAAGGACUUGAGAUGCUUUACUAAAACCUGCUGUGGCAUUUACUGUGAGUAAAAGGAUCUCAUCUUGUCCUCUUAAAGCUAAUUUAAAUCAAUUGAAAAUAAGGUAAUUAAUAUUAGAGCGAACCAAUAAAGCAUUUGAUUUAUAGUGCCACAGGAUGUUUCCGGAUUUGUAUUCCUCGUCAAGACGUCAGCACAUCUUUCUUUCCUUCGUCUGGUUUUGAUUGUUAGGGCCAUCCAUGCAUGUGGAAAUGUGUAGUGGUUUGAUUCAGAUGAUAUUUAGCGCCUGCAAUUUUCUGCCAACUCUUGUUAUGCAGCUUAUUCAGAUGUGGUGAAAUGUAAAUUCUCAGGAAAUUGACUUUUAUUUUGUUAAAGCAGUUGCUCAAUGUUGCUGAAACAGAAGUACAAAUAAAAUUGGAGUCUGGUGACACAGUUUGGAUAAUCAAAGAUUGGAUUAUCCACAUUUUGAGGGCACCAUGACUUUAUUGUACCGUCUAUUUGCAGUCGGUGCAAAUAAGGUAUUUGACAAUAAGACAAUGGCUCCUUUCCAAUGGCAAUGUUUAUAUUUUCCUGCAAUCCAAGAAUUGAAAUGUAAAGUUUCCUCUUUCUUUGCUAAAGAAGGUCAUUUUAUUGCAACACAGCUCCUGAUUACAGUAUUCACUUAGAGAGAAAUGAGUUAAACUUCUGUAUGAUAAUAUGAGUUCCAGUACUACACAACAACACGCUUUGGUUAAUGCUGAUGAAGCUUAAAUAACAUGCAAGUUGGUGCUAGUUACAAUGAUCUGUUUAAGCUUUUGGAUUUUGUUCAACUCUACUACAUAAUUCUUCCACUAUCAGAAUGCAAGCCUUAAAUACUGAUGGGUUAGCCUAGACUUAAUUAUUAAGUGAUUCUUAUAUACUAAAAAGCUCAGUUUUAACUUAACUGUGAGACCUCUUCAGAGCUUGGAUGUACAUGAUGAGCUGCGGCCUCAUCAGACUGUGGAGACAGAACCAACAGUUGGUCCUUCAGGUGUUCGGAAGAUGCCGUGAUGUUUACUUGACCUACGAUUGGCACUAAAGGCUGCACUCUGCUCUUGCUUUGGUGGUGGGUUCAAAUAAAGAUGCAAAAGAGGGGAAUUAAUCACUCAUGAAAAUGAUUUUUUUUUCUUCGUCUAUAUUUUGUACAAUCUGUGAAAAUUCAACAUUAUCUCCUUGUUUUAAAAGAUUUAUAUGCAAAAAUGUUUUCAAGUUUUGACAAUGUUCUUAUGUAUAAUAAAACCUAUUUUGGUACCUCUCUUCUCCAA